AUGGAUGUCAAAAAUGUUUUUCUCCAUGGUGAUCUCAAAGAAGAUAUCUACAUGACACCUCCUCCUGGUUUGUUUUCAUCUUCUACUUUGGAACUUCAGCAGCGUCUUCAAGAGUCCUUUCAUAUGAAGGAUCUUGGCCACCUUACAUAUUUCUUGGGAUUGGAAGUUCAAUCUAACUCCAUUAGUAUAUUUCUCAAUCAGCAUAAAUAUACUCAAGAUUUAGUUGCAUUGGCUGGUCUUCAGGAUUCUUCAUUGGUUGAUACUUCUCUCGAAGUGAAUGCCAAGUACCACUCGGAUGAGGGAGAACUAUUUACUGAUCCAUCUUUGUAUCGACAAUUAGUGGGCAGCUUAAACUACCUUACUAUUACCAGACCUGACAUCUCCUUUGUUGUCCAGCAAGUUAGUCAGUUUAUGCACUCUCCCCGUCAUCUUCACUUGGUUGCAGUUCAUCGCAUCAUAAGAUAUCUUCGGGGUACUCCAUGUCGUGGUUUAUUUUUUCCCACUGGGUCUUCUCUAUGCCUUAGUGCUUUUAGUGAUGCCGAUUGGGCUGGUUGUCCAAAUACUCGUCGCUCUAUUACAGGUUGGCAUAUGUUUCUUGGGGAUUCUUUGAUAUCGUGGAAGAGUAAGAAACAAGAUCGGGUCUCUAAAUCUUCUACUGAAUCUGAAUAUUGGGCUAUGUCUGCUGCCUGCUCUGAGAUUACUUGGCUUUGA